AUGGACGUGGUGGAGGCCGCCGCCGCGCAGCUGCGAACCUUCCAGUUCGGUGUCUCGGGCACGGGGGCUCGCGAAAGCCCCACGGGGUCGUCGCCGCCGCCGCCGCCCGCAGAGCCCGGGCCGCCGCCGGUGCCCACGCCGGACGGGUCCCCGGACGCCGAGCGCGCCGCGGAGCCUCAGCCUGCCGGCCAGCCGCCUCCCGGCCCCGACCCCGGCGACACCUCGGACUCCGACUCGGACUCGGACAGUGAGACAGACUCAGACAGUUCAAGCUCCUCCUCUUCCUCAUCAUCUUCCUCAACGUCUUCCUCUUCCUCCUGUGUCUCACUUCCUCCCGUACUGUCAGAUGGAGAAGAUGAUUUACAAAUUGAAAAAGAAAAUAAGAAUUUUCCUCUUAAAACAAAAGAUGAAUUACUGCUUGAUGAACUGCCUUCUGUUGAAGAACUCACUAUCAUUUUGCCUGAAGAUGUUGAGUUAAAGCCUGUUGGGAUGGUUUCAAGCAUUAUUGAACAAUUAGUUAUAAUUGAGUCUGCAAGUAACCUACCUCCAGUCAAUGAGGAAACUGUCAUUUUCAGAGGUGAUCGACAAGCGGCAGGAAAGAUAUUUGAGAUAUUUGGACCUGUUGUACAUCCGUUUUAUGUGUUACGGUUUAAUUCUUCAGAACACAUUGAGAGUAAAGGCAUUAAAAUAAAGGAGACUAUGUAUUUUGCUCCAGCAGCAAAAGAGUUCACUCAAUAUAUAUUCACAGAAAAGCUUAAACAGGAUAGGGGAUCAGAUGCAUCAUGGAAGAAUGAUCAGGAACCACCACCAGAAGCCUUGGAUUUCAGUGAUGAUGAAAAAGAAAAAGAAGCCAAACAGAAGAAAAAAUCUCAGAUUCAGGGCCGGAAAAAACUCAGAUCUGAAUGUAAUGAAACAGGUGAAGACUUUGCUGAAGUACAUCAGAAUUGGAAUGCUCAUAGCUCUCCUUCAGAGCAUUCGAAAGGAUACCGCAACAGAGAGUUCACGAGAGGCUUUCCCAGGGCCAGAUAUCCUCGAGCAAGCCACAGCAGGCCUCCACCUCAGCCGUUCUGUAACUCAGGUCCUGUGAUGUCUCAGGAGACUUUGGGAUUUCCACCCCAGAGACAAGACAGCCCCAUCCUGCCGCACUAUCCCUUUCCUCCUCCAGUGUUUGACAUGCACAGCUUCUCACUGCCCCCGCCGCCCCCGCCUGUGAACAUGGGCUGGGCCCCCCCUGAUGCUGCCUCUCACCCCCUAAUCAAUUUACCCUACUCCCUGCCCCCACCACCACCUCCCCCUCCUCCUCCCCCACCUUCUUCUGGAGACAGUAAUCCUCCUCAUUUUGGACCUUACUAUUAGGUGUAUGCUCGUAUCUCCUGAGAAAUAGACUUUUCAGGUUACGUGUUAAGGAUUUUUUUAAAAGGAGAAACUAUUAUAGAGCUAGAUUUUUUAAAAUAUUGUACUAAAUGAUUGAAUUGUAAGCUGGUAUAUAUUUGUAACCUAUAAAAUUGUAUUCACAUGAAAAUUUCAUCUCAUUGUUGCAGACAAAUCUAUUUAUGUAAUAUUUAAUUAAAACUUUGACUCAUGUCUUGACUACCCCACUCUACAAACGUGCAUAGUACUGGGUGUGGAACAAGUUUAUGUGGAGUAUAAUAUGUUAGACAUUGAUUUCCUUCUUUGGAAUACCCUUAGGUCAGAUGUUGCAGUCUUCUCGAGAGCCUUUAAAAUAAACUAUUUUUUAUAAACUUA